AGAAUGUGAUCCUUAAAAACAGAUUAAUCUGUCUCUACUUGGAGACAGUACUUAGAGAUGCUAAGCAAGAUUCAGGGAGGACGAGAGAGGAGGAACGAGGAAGACGGGAGCAGGGCAUUAACCACGCACCAACGACCCGACCUGACCGCAUUCAAGUCGAGCGGCGCGGGCCAUCACCAGCACACCACCAGCACCUCACCACCACCGCAAGCGCCCCACAGGCGGACAGGCCACAGCGCAGCGCUAUCGCGACGUCGCCACCAGGACAAGGCACACGGCAGACGGCGGCACACGGGGACGGGAAGGGCGCCCGCCGCCUCACACAGCAGGCUAGUAGCCAGUACCCCAAGAAAACCCCUAGUCACUCAGAUCCCAAUCAAAAGAGGAGCAUCGCAGAGCUGUAGUACGUAGCACGCAGGACGGCAGGAGGCAGCGGUCAUCCGCGGUGGCCGGUGAGCGGUGGCCAUGGUCUUGUCUCCUUCCCCUCCCCUGCCCACCGCUGUAAGUGCGCCUCGUCUCCUCUGUUACGACGGUUCUGCCGUGCCCGAGUUGCUGAGUUCAUUGCACAAUGGUGCGCCGUCAGGCCUCCGAGCCGAAGCAGCAGCGAGGCGGCACCAACGCAGCGCCGGAGAAGUCCGACAAGAAGUACGCGCACGUCCCGACGCCGCUCCACCACGGCCACCGCUGCGCCAGCAAGAAGGCACCCCGCGGUGGCAAGGGCGGCGACGUCGCCGACCCCGCUGCGUACGUCGCGGCGGUGUCCUGCUCGGACUGCCGCUUCAAGCAGCGCGCCCUCGCGCCGGCGUCGCCCGGCGCCGUCAUCCGCUCGCUGUUCGUCUCCCUCACCCGCCGCUCCACCCCGCGCUCGUCGCCGUCGGCCUCGGGAGGCGCCGCCGACGCCGGGGACGUCGAGCAGUGGCGCCUCGCCGCGGCCGACCUCUCCCGCCGUCUCGCCGCGGCCACGCGCACGCGGGACGAGGCGCUGGAGGAUACCACGCGCCUGAAGCACUCCCUCGCCGAGCUGGAGCUCAAGCUCGCGCGCCUCGAGGCGCGCGCGCUCCCGGCCCCCGCCUUCCCCGUCGACUCCUUCCUCCGCGCCGUCUCGACCUCGCGCGCCGCCGUGCGGAACCUCGCGCGCGCGCUGUCCACCCACCUCCGCAGCCCCUCCAGCCAAGGACCGAGCCUCGAGGGCUUCCUCAACCGCGCCUUCCACGCCGACUUCGAGCUGGACACCGACGCCGGCGUCCACACCCCGGACCCGGCGGGCCGGUGCCAGGCCAACCUCGCGGCGUACCACGCCGUCGCGGUGCUCACGUGGGAGGAGGUCCUGCUCCACGGCACCAAGCACUACAGCGAGGGGCUCAGCCGCUUCUGCGACGCCAAGAUGAGCGAGGUGGUGUCCUCGCUCGGGUGGGCGCGCGCGCGCCCGUGGCCUGAGCCGCUGCUGCAGGCCUUCUUCCUUGCCGCCAAGGCCGUGUGGGGCGUCCGCCUCCUGGCGCGCUCCGUCCACCCGCCGCUCCCCGUUGUGCGCGCGGACCGCGGCGCGCGCUUCGACCCGCGCUUCAUGGAGGACGCCGCGGCCAGCCGGGCGGGGAGGCUGGAGCCGGCCAGCGUCAAUAUGAUGGUGGCGCCAGGGUUCCACGUCUACCUGGCCGGCGCGGGCGUGGUGAAGUGCAGGGUCGUCUGCUUCUACAGCAGCAAUAACGGCCGCACCGCCGGCCACAGAGAUGGCGGGAGCAGCGCCAACGGCAGCGUGGGGAUGGGGAGUAGCUGUAGUGGCAUGAAUGGGAGUGCUACAGACGUGGUUGAUAGCUGUAACAGCAGUAGGGCAGGGUAGGGUAGUUGCACUUGCACAGGUAGAAAGAACACGGGGAUUUUAACUUGUUCGUUAAAAACACGAUUACUGCUGCUUGUGUGAAUAUGGGGUUGAAUUAUU